GCUUAAUCAACAAGAAAGCCAAGUAGAACUUCUCCUCUAUAAAUAGCAUAACAUAGACACUUUGUUAAGUACAAUUCACCUCACCCUACUAAUUCUCUCUAGCUUUAAGAAGAAUAAAAAGCGCUUUCUCCCACCCCACACAAAACAAAAUGAUGUUCAUGAUGAUGGGAGAAACGUUGACUCAAUUGACCACAGCAAUUACAAGCUUUGUGCUUGUUUAUGCCGCAAUCAGACAAUACCUUCCCCAUGAACUUAUGCCUUAUAUAUCACAAUAUACCAACAAAAUGGUGAGCUUUGUGUGGCCUUACAUUCAUAUUAACUUCAAUGAGUACAGUGGUGACAGUUUCAGGCGCAGCAAACUCUACGAGGACAUCCAAACUUACCUCAGUGCCAAUUCCACCACUCGAGCUCAAAAACUUAAGGCCCACGAUGUCAAUGAUAGCAAGUCUAUGGUUAUAAGUCUUGACGAUAACUCCGAAGUCAAUGACGAAUUCCAAGGCGUUAAACUCUGGUGGACUUCUCGCAAAAGGAGCCCAGUAAACUCGUCUUGGUGGGGUUAUCCUAACUCAGACGAGAAGAGGAACUUCAGUCUUAGCUUCCAUAGACGCCACCGAGAGCUCGUCACCACCUCUUAUCUCAAUCAUGUGGUGAAACAAGGAAAAGAAAUAGCGAUCAAGAAUCGGAAGCGAAAACUUUAUACCAACAGUUCCAAGGAGAAUUAUUAUCGAGGCGGUAAAAUGACUAAGUGGAUCGGUGUCGAGUUUGAGCAUCCGGCGAGUUUUGAUACUCUUGCUUUGGAACCUAUGCUGAAGCAGGAAAUCAUAAACGAUCUCCUUAAGUUCAAAACCGGAAAAGAUUACUAUGCUAAAGUUGGUAAGCCUUGGAAACGAGGGUAUCUUCUGUAUGGUCCUCCUGGGACUGGAAAGUCAACCAUGAUCUCUGCCAUGGCUAACUUUCUAGAUUAUGAUAUCUAUGAUUUGGAACUAACUUCGGUUAAGGAUAACACUGAGCUAAGGAAGCUGUUUAUCGAUAGUUCGAAUAAGUCCAUCAUUGUGAUUGAGGAUAUUGAUUGCUCGCUUGAUCUUACUCGUCAACGAAAGAAGAAGAAGGAGGAAGAUGAAGAAAGUACAGACUCUGCAAGUAAAAAGCCUAAAAAAGAAGAUUAUGAGAGUGAUAGUAAAGUAACUCUCUCUGGGCUUUUGAACUUCAUUGAUGGGAUUUGGUCUGGUUGUGGAGGUGAGAGACUUAUUGUGUUUACUACAAAUUAUUUUGACAAACUUGAUCCGGCUCUGAUUCGGAGUGGAAGAAUGGACAAGCACAUAGAGCUUCCCUACUGUUGUUUUGAGGCUUUUAAAGUUCUUGCCAACAAUUACUUGGAUGUUGUGUCCCAUGAUCUGUUUCCGACGAUUGAGCGUUUGUUGGGUGAAACUGAUAUGACUCCUGCUGAUGUAACUGAGAAUUUGAUGCCAAAGUCUGACAAUGAAGAUGCUGAUAAUUGUUUGAAAAAAUUGGUUGAAACUCUUGAGAAGGCCAGGGAUGAUGCAAUAAGAAAGAAGGUUGAGGAAGAAGCAAAGUUAAAGGCUGCAGAUGAAGAAAACUUGGAUAAAGAGAGUGAAGAAAAUUCUGCUAAAAUAGAAGGUGCGAAAUGUAAUGGUACUUUGGCCAAGGAAGUGAAGGAGAAUGGAUUAGUCACCACUUAGAAGUUUGGGGACCAAAUUAUUAGUUGAAAAUAUAUUUGUUAUUUAAUUACUUUAGAAAGAAAAAAAGUCUGUAUAUGCCAGCUGUAUAAGGGGAAAAAAAAAAAGAAGAAAGAAAAAAAAAACCAAAACAAAAAAAAAAAGUAUAGAUGUCAUUUAAUUAAAUUUUAAGUCAUAGAAGUGGUGUUUUUGUGAUUUAAUGGAAACUAGGAGGUCUAAAGUAUAAUUAAUUUUCAUAUAUCCGUCAUAAAGAAGAAGAAGAAGAAGAAGAAGAAGAAGAAGAAGAAGAAGGAGGAAAUGAUUUGCGUAAAUGUCUUGUGCGAUUAUUGAUGAAUCUGUGAAUCGUUAUAUAUAUUAUCCAAGUGGUGGAGAUGUUGGAAAGGAAGAAGUUAUAUAAAUGUCUGGGAUUAAUAAAAGGUUGUAAAUGCCUUUUACUUAAGCAUAGACAGUAUCUAUAGACUAGUGGUUUUGUGAAAUGUAAUGUAAAUUUCGUUUGA